GCGGCAUUCUAUUUUGAGUAGAGUAGCAUGUUAUGCAUGUUAUGUUCAAAUAGACAGUGUACAAAUCGUUUUGUUCGUGGUAGCGUUCGCAACAAUUCUUAACGAACAUUCACGUAUUUCGAAUUACUUACUGAUUUUAAAUGGCAACAUUGUCUGAAAUGCAUUUAUGCUUGAUUACUCCUCAUUAAAUGUUUUUCCGAGUUAACAACAAAACAUAACUUUGAGUUUGGACGUGAUACGUGAAAGUAGUUAUUUUUAUGUGAAGACGGUUUUAGAAUUUGCCAGUUUGUUUCUUGAUAUACCGGCUCUUUAUCUUGUAAUGAUGGAUGAAAAUGAACAAGAAUUGAAAUCACCAAUCAAAAGGCUGGGAUCUACAAGAAAACUUUUGGUUUUUAACAAUAUCCGUUUGCAACUUAACGAGCAGUUGCGAUGUUUAGAUAUGCGUAUGGAAGCCCAAGUCGCUCUAGUAACGGAGUUGCAAGAUUUUUUCCGGCGGAGAGGUGAACUAGAACUCGACUAUUCGAAAAAUUUAGAUAAACUAGCGAAAAGCUUGCAGCUUAGACACAAAGAACAAAAGCAAAAAAGAGAACAAUGGCCUUUAUUUUCGAGUUAUACGUGUUGGCAACAAUUAGUAACACAGACUAAAAAUUUAAGCAGGGAUCAUGUAGCUUUAUCUGAAGUUUAUUCGACGCAUUUAGUCUCCAGACUAUCGCAAGUCAUGGAGGAUGUCCAGAGAAUAUAUAAGAGGUGUCGGGAAAUCGGAUACGAGACACAUGAAGAGAUACUACGUGUCUUGCACGAGCUUCACACAACAAUGAAAACAUAUCACAGUUAUCAGGCGGAACUACGCCAAGCGGAGGCAAAGUUAAAAUCAGCCGAAACUCAAAGAUCGAAAUUAGAACAGUCUCUUUCCCAGGAUAAAUUAGAUAGGUCGAAAAAAUACAAGUUGAUGGAAAAAGAAGUGAUGAAGCGUAAAAACAAAUACACAGAUGCAAAAUUGAAAGCUCUCAAAGCCAGAAACGAGUAUAUUUUAUGUUUAGAGGCUUCCAACACAACAAUUCAUAAAUAUUUCGUUGAUGAUUUAUCCGAUCUCAUUGAUUGUAUGGAUUUUGGUUUUCACAAUUGUAUAUCUCGGGCGCUUUUGAUGCACGUAACCGCGGAAGAAGGAAGGCAAAGAUCUGUACAGAAUGGUUUAGACACCCUAUCUGCAUGCAUUAAUUCUCUAGACUCUCGAUUAGACAAACAGCGAUUCCUUGAAUACAACCACACGGCGUUCAUGAUUCCGAAAAAAUUGGAAUUCCAAGGACAAAAACAGGAAGAGCCUGCUGAACCAGAAAUCCAAAAAGUUCUACAUCAAGAAAUGGAGAGUCGAUUACGCCAGUUGCAACAAAGGGUAACUUCGUUAAGAACUGAAUCUGAAGAGGUGUGGAAGACUCUUGAAACUGCCGAAUCCACCUUGCUGGAAAUGUUGAAUGCUAAAGAUUACGAUUGUAGUGGAUAUUUUGGGGAAAAUGCGAUGCCAGCCAGCAAACCACCGGAAACUGUCUCUAUUAAAUUAAGGGCAGACCGACAAGAGACUGAAGAAUUUUAUUUAACGAAAUUCAGAGAAUAUUUAUUGGGAUCAACAAAAAUAGCUCGCCUAGAUGCCAAACAAGAGUACAUAAGACAAUCGUUGCUGUCUGAAGCACCCGACUACUGUAGUACCCUUAAACCGGUUGUGAAAACUCCUCGCCGAAAAAGAAUCGGUCGACUUCAAAUGAGUGGCCAACCAAAAUUGUUUGGUGGUUCGUUAGAAGAGUAUUUGGAAGCAACAAAUCAAGACAUUCCUUUAAUUAUGAAGUCUUGCAUUAGAGUUAUUAAUUUAUACGGUUUACACCAUCAGGGUAUUUUUAGAGUAUCAGGAUCUCAAGUUGAAAUAAAUAACUUUAGGGAGUGGUUUGAAAGGGGCGAAGAUCCCCUUGCUGAUAUGACAGACGCAUCUGAUAUCAACAGUGUGGCGGGAGUUUUGAAAUUGUAUUUGAGGGAAUUGCGCGAACCCCUCUUCCCUAUUAUUUAUUUCGAACAAUUCAUGGAGCUUGCACAAUUAGAAUCUAAGCGGGAAUUCAUUGUUAGAAUGAAGGAACUAAUCAAUAGUUUACCAAGAACUGUGAUAGUUGUGAUGAGGUACCUUUUCGCCUUCCUAAACCACUUGUCAGAAUUUUCUGACGAGAACAUGAUGGAUCCUUAUAACCUAGCCAUUUGUUUUGGACCCACUUUAGUACCAGUUCCUGACGACAAGGACCAAGUUCAGUAUCAGAACCAAGUUAACGAACUUAUUAAGAAUAUUAUAAUGUUUAAUGAAGAAAUUUUUCCUAACGAUGGUGGCACUGUCUACGAAAAAUAUAUAUCCCCUGAACCCGAUGACCAUGAUGUUGGAGAUUUGCCAUCUGAUCAGGUGCCAGAAGACCUGGAUUCCGAAGUAUACCCAUCUGAAGAUGAUUCAGAAAACAUGGAAGCAACGGCACAAUUUGAUUUUAUUGCAAGAUCUGAUCGAGAAUUGUCGCUUAAGAAAGGUGACACUGUAACAUUAUAUUCUCAAGUGUCAAAUGAUUGGUGGAAAGGAUCAGUGAAAGGACAAGAAGGGUUAAUUCCAGAUAAAUAUAUAUCUUUAAAAAUGAAUUUCUUCAGAGAUGAUGACCGAGAGAAACUGGAAAACCUCAAGUCCAGUUCGUCUGAAGAGUCCAUGCGGCGUAGAGUCUCCAGUUCGAACGAUUCGAUGUUAUCUGAAAGUUCCGUUUCUGCUAGUAAUUCGCCAUUAGUGCAGUGCGCCCCUGUAACAUGGACAAACGUAUCAGACAUGAACGAAUCAAUCUCAUCAGAAAACAACUCAGUAAUUUUAAACCAGACGAGAGAGAAUGGACACAGCCGUCUUAAAUCCUUGGACAUAUCUUUAGAAUCGCAUUUGUUGAAUCGAAUUCGUGAUCCUGUCGUCACGAUAAAUGUGAAUCAAACCACCCCUCAAAAUAUCACAAUUAACGGUUCUCCUAUAAUGUUAGCCCGAAAACUAGAGAAGAGCGAAACGGUUCCAGAGAUGGGAAAAUCGGACUCUGAAAGUGUCGAACUUCGCAACAAGUCGGAAAUCGACGAAUCGAAUUUAAAUUUUAGUCAGAAUCGCGAACAAUGGCAAAGACGAGCGGUUUCACAGUCGCAUAUCCAUGUAUCUCAGUCUCAAACGUUAAAAGCGAACCGAAAUUCCGAAUCUUUCUUACAAAGACAAAAUCACACUCCUGAUCUAGUUAUGGAUCUCCCAUUAGUUGGUAAUUCGAGUCCGAAAGAAACCACGAAGAAGUCCAUAUCAGUAUCGAGUAAUUUGAGUUCAGAAGGCUCAAUCAGCGAUGACAGUAAGUCGUUGGAAAGCCCUCAAGGGCCCGAAAGUCCCGAUAUGCAAACCGCCGCUGAGCGAUUCGCCAAACAAAAUCAAUGUACGCUAAAGAAAAACACCAAGGUUCAUGUUGAUAGUAGCGAUCUUAGUGCUGAUCCGAAUUUGAUAACGAUUACUAGUCCCAUGCCUGAACGUAAGUAUGCGACGAUCGGGAGUGCGACGACGACGACUUUCAAACCACAGCUCAAAGCGAAACCUCCAGUGCUCAAGAAACCUGCGUUUUCGGUAUCGUUGUCGACAGUCUCAAGCGAAGUACGAAAAGACCAACCAGAUCUUCCCACGUAAAUUAUAUGUAACUCAGAUGUUGAAGACAAUAAUGGUAUACUGAUUAGAGAGGUUGGAGCCGUUAUUUUAUAUAGAAAUGUUCUUUUGUAAUGAAAGUCUGUAACCAAUAUUUCUCUGGAUGUUGACAAAUUUGUGUUUUAGAUUUUUAAUCGAGUCGGUUGUCAGAAACAAAUGCAUUGAAUGUGGUGCUUAUGUGUAUGAAUUGUAUUGUACCUAAAAAUAUAAAAUUUAAACGCAUUGAUUUGAUCUAUUUUUAAACAGUUUGUGUUGGGCUGAUUUGAUAUUGUUAACUGGAAUUUUACAUUUAAACGGACGAUUUUUUUAAUGAGACUGAUAACGAUAUUUAACGGUUUAGAUGUAAAUUAGAAAAAUAAUCAAAAAGUACUUAGACAGGGUGUGUGUAAAAGAUUGUUUAUAUAUAUUUUUUUUGUUAGACUGAUUCAAGCAUAUAUAUUCAUGUGAUGUAGCAUACGUACAUAUUUAUACAAUGUGAAGUUUUAAUGGACUCGUGAAUUUAUUAAUUACACCAAUUUAUGAAUUAUAUUCAUCGGUGCCUACCUAGAUAUAAAAACUGAUUUGUUUAUGGUCUUAUCAUUUACAUCGAAUUAUCUAUUUUACAUGUUUUAUAUUAAGUACGAAUAUUGUGUAUUCUUUUAAGUCCUUGCCUUAUAUUAGCAAAGAGUGAAAAUUAGAAUAAGUUAACGCCAUUCACCAACUCAUCAAAUUAAUUUUAACAUGUAAUACUCCGCAAACAUUUUAAUCACGGAAACCCGUUUGCUGAGUGCUGUGGCUCUUAAUAUUCAAUGUAUAAAAAUAUAUAUUAAUCUCCAAAUAUACGUUAUUAUGCACAA